CAUAACCUCAUAAUUAAAUCCAAAACAUAAACAAAGCAUUUUAUUCUACACGUUCCGGAAUUAUUUAUGAAGUUUUCUCCAUCGAUAAUAGAAAAAUAACAUCCAAUGGACUUAAAAACCUACAAGAAAAUUCACCCGGUGAAAUACUAUAAAGACCAUUUGGAAAACAACAUUCGACCAGAUGGACGAGAAAUAGGGGAUCUUCGUCCGCUUGCAAUCAAUUUUAAUUCCAUUAAAACAGCCGACGGUUCAGCAAUAGUCAAAAUAGGAAAUACUACUGUCGUGUGUGGCAUCAAAGCCGAACUAGCGCCUCCCAAACCGGUGGAACCGGAGUCCGGUUUUCUCAUACCGAACAUUGAAAUAUCGCCGCUUUCAUCACCGAAGUAUCGUCCUGGACCACCGAGUGAAGAAGCUCAGGUAUACACGUGCUCCUUAGCGGAUGCUAUUCUCAAUUCCGGAUGUGUAAAUCUGAAAGACCUGUGCAUCACUAAAGAAAAGUUAGUUUGGGCAUUGUACUGUGAUUUGGUUUGCCUGGAUCACGACGGAUGCGUUUUCGACGCAUCCGUUGUUGCGUUGGUUGCAGCAUUGCACACACUGAAACUGCCACAGUUAAAGCACAACGCUGAUACUGAUGAGCGCGAAGUACUGGAGAACGAGGAUUGCGUUCCUCUGCGCUUAAGCUCGAUUCCGGUGACGACAUCAUUCGCUGCUUUCUGUGGAACCAUAAUUGCGGAUCCUACGGCCGAAGAGGAAGCACUGGCGACUUCGACGAUAACGAUUACUAUCUGUGACUCUACCCUGAGCUACAUCAACAAGAGCGGCGGUGACCCAUUGGAACAGCAGUUGAUGGAUCAGUGCAUUGAGAAUGCAAUGAAACGGGAAAAAUCUGUCCGCUCGCUUAUUCGGAAGAUGUUAAAAAAUAAAAAGUGAAUAUAUUUUUAACGUUAUGUUCUUCAGAAA